AAGUUGCUGAUGAAUGUCACAUACCGACAAUGCGAUGGCUGCACACAAGUGUAGACUGACACUCAAGCAUUGUAAGUACGGAGAAGACAGAAGUUCUCUAUAGGAGCUGUAACGGGCAAUAUGGAGAGGAGUAAAGCCACUCGAAAAUACCCAGGCAGCUCUUUAUCCAAAAUUUAGACUACGCAUGGGGCUGGCAGCACGUUUAUUUCGAUAACUGGAAAAGUUACUAAAUAUACAAUGAUUAUCAAUGGGUCUUAUCUGAACAGGUCAUCGCUGGACCCGUACAAGGAAGUACUGAAUCGCCCCCGGUGGGUUACUACAACUUUGGGGUGCUUCCUGAUAUUCACUAUUGUGGUUGAUAUUUUGGGCAACCUUUUGGUGAUUUUCUCUGUCUACCGGAAUAAGAAGCUGAGGAAUGCAGGCAACAUCUUUGUGGUGAGCCUGGCCGUGGCUGACCUUGUGGUGGCCAUCUACCCCUACCCGCUGGUCCUCACGUCCAUCUUCGACGACGGCUGGAACCUGGGCUACGUCCACUGCCAGAUCAGUGGCUUCCUCAUGGGCGUCAGCGUCAUCGGCUCCAUCUUCAACAUCACCGGCAUCGCCAUCAACCGCUACUGCUACAUCUGCCACAGCCUCAAGUACGACAGGCUCUACAGCAACAAGAACUCGGUGUGCUACGUUCUGCUCAUCUGGGCGUUGACCGUCGUGGCCAUCGUGCCGAACCUCUUCGUGGGCUCGCUGCAGUACGACCCCCGGGUGUACUCCUGCACGUUCGAGCAGUCGGCGAGCUCGGCGUACACCAUCGCCGUGGUCUUCUUCCACUUCAUCUUGCCCAUCAUGAUCGUCACCUACUGCUACCUGAGAAUCUGGGUCUUGGUGAUUCAGGUCAGGCGACGGGUCAAGCCGGACAACAGGCCGAAGCUGACGCCGCACGACAUAAGGAACUUUGUGACUAUGUUCGUGGUGUUCGUGCUGUUCGCCGUGUGCUGGGCGCCGCUCAAUUUCAUCGGGCUGGCCGUGGCGAUCAGCCCCGAGGCGGUGGCGCCUCUCAUCCCCGAGUGGCUCUUCGUGGCAAGUUACUUCAUGGCCUACUUCAACAGCUGCCUUAACGCCAUCGUGUACGGGGUGCUCAACCAGAACUUCCGGCGCGAGUACAAGCGCAUCGUGGUCUCCGUGUGCACGGCGCGCAUCUUUUUCCACGACAGCUCGAACGACGCGCCCGAGCGUAUCAAGAGCAAGCCCUCGCCGCUCAUAACCAACAACAACCAGGUCAAGGUGGACUCAGUGUGAGAGGACCAGCUGGUCCCAGUGCGCUCCCUACCCCUUCCUCAUGGCGCCAACCCUUCGAUGUCUGUACAUCUGUGAGGAUGAAAGGAAGCAGUUUGGCGGAAGUGCAAAGCUCCACGGUUUUACUGCUUGUACCUAGCGAGUAGCCUACAGAUCUACAAACACCGAAAGGGUUAAAGGGCUCAGGUGAAGGGGGAGGGAGUGAUUUGGGGCCGGCUGAUACUAACAUGCAUGACCCAUAGGGGAGGAGGGGAUGAAGGGAAUCAACGAAAGAGGAAAACAAAGUAACAGGUGAAAGUCAAGUGAACUGAGAACUAGUAACAAAUGUGAAAAAGCAAAACAGCUUCCACAUUCUGAACUGUCUAUGAACUGUCUUUACCACUACACAAUCCAAGCAAAACGGGGGAAAUGUAUCAGUCUUUUAAAAAAAAUUGUUAGAUUUUUCAGUACCUUAAAGAUUUAUACUGUACUUUCGUUUUCAUGUUUAUAGUGACUUUAUCACUGACCCUGUAAUAUAAUACUUAUUAUAUGUAUUUUUUUUAUACAAAGUAUAUUACAUAGAUAUACAAAAAUAUAUAUCAGGUUGAUUUUACCAACAGUUAUCAGAAAAAAAAAUGAAAAAGGGUGGCACAAUAUGUAUUUUUCAGAUACCCCCAAUGGAUUAUUUCCAGAAUCAAAAGGAAGGAAGCAUGCAUUGUUCAAAAUGGAUUUCUGGAAAAUUUCCCAGAAUUUAGCCAUCCUUAAAAUGUUAUAUAUAUAUAUCAUGGUGUGAGAGACAGAUUUUUUUUAUAUAUAGUUAUACAUUAUACAACAAAUGGUCACAAACAAAACAAAACAUGUUCAUUAUGACAUUUUAUUUGGUGUGCCACUGUUACACUCCUUCCCUGGGAGGAGGAAGCAAUAUGUUCGGGUUGCUGCUGUUUCUUAAUGCCCUGCAAAAAUGUUCCCAUGAUUCGAUGGAAUAAAUACUGUGUGUUUGCAAGUGUGGGAUCUCAAUCUCUCUCUUCUACUGUCUCUUUGUGUCACUUCUCUUUCUCUCUUUCUCGAUCUCUGUACACUUCUUGUAAAUUCUGUCUCUCUCUUUCUCUAACUCUGUAAACUCCUUGUGAGCAUGGAAAUGAGUAUAGUUCAUAUGCAAAAUAAAGGAUCAGAGGCAGAAAUGUGUGCUCCUAUUUCAGUACAGUACAACAGAACACAAGUCAUUCCUUCAAACAUAUUUCACUGUUCAUUUGAAUACAUUUGCAGAACACCAA